AUGAGUUUUGAUCAAGAUUUCAGGCCGAAUGGCUUCCAAGACACGACCUUGAAACCUGCUCCAAAACGCAUUGUCAUUUGCUGCGAUGGCACAUGGCAAUCGUCCGUUACCAACGUCGACAAUGUUCCGUCAAAUAUAACCCGGAUCGCACGAUACCUCCUUAAGGUUGGCAAAGAUACCAAGGGUGAGCAAUGGCAGCAGCUUGUUUACUACGAUGCCGGCAUUGGUACUGGUGCAAGCUUCAUGGAAGCCGCUCGAGAAGGCAUGACGGGCUCUGGCUUUGUGGGCAAUGUCAUUGAGGCGUACAACUUCAUUGUAUUGAACUACAAUCCCGGUGAUCAGAUUUUCUGCUUCGGCUUCUCACGUGGCGCCUAUACGGCGCGUGCUGUUGCUGGGUUAGUCACAGACAUUGGUAUUGUGAAGCCGAGAGAUAUGCAGGACUUUCCGGAACUGUACCGCACCUAUCAGCAGUACAAGGACAGUAACAUGUUCAGGAAGUCAAAGGCAUGGCGCGAGUGGGUCAGCGGCGCGCGCCUCUUCGACACAGCUCAGAAAGACCUUCCCGAAGGAUUUAGACAAUCGCCAUACCUUUGGAAGAAACGACCUCAUGGUGCAGCACCAGAGUCAACUCGGUGGGUUGAAGCCGUUGGUGUCUUCGAUACCGUUGGCUCUCUCGGUGUCCCGGACGUAGAAGGCUUGUUCAGGUAUACUAUUAAUUUCCUGGCUCACAAAAUUCCCGCCGAGGAGUUCGGCUUCCACAAUGUCGCGCUCAGCCCUUACAUCAAACACGCGUACCAUGCGAUGGCCCUGGACGAGCACAGGAAGCCCUUCGAUACCACAAUGUGGCAUCUCUAUCCAGGUGACGGCACAGCAAGAACUCAUAAGCCAGUAUUUGAGCUGAAAGAGAAACUAAACCAGCUUCGCGACACGGAUGGCACUCCUGAAUUCGAGAUUCAGACAGCUUGGGAGAACCUCGUUGACGCUGAGAUGCACGAAGAGCUCAAAGGCAGCAAUUCAAAGCUUAAGCAAGUCUGGUUCCCUGGCCACCACAUCAAUAUUGGUGGGGGAAGUAAUGAUCUCUUCAAAGACAAACUAAGUGACUUUGAGCAAAUCUCCACGAUCACGCUCGCUUGGAUGGUCGAACAACUCAAAGAGCAUCUCGCCUUCGAAUUGAACGCCAUGAACCUCUGGAACCAAGAUCGCUUCCUCCUUUUGCAACCCUUCAUCCAGAGUCACCUUGACGAUCACGCUAAGUACAAAAACAACUGGCUGGUCAAAAAGGUCAACAACAUGCUUGCCAAAGACAAAAAUGACCCGUGGAACGACGGCAAUAAGACGCGUUUCAAAGUGCUCGCGACCGAAGCUCUGCAAGACUGGGCGACGGGACCUUUCGUCGACGAAUUCGAAAAUAUGAAGAAAGCCGGCUCAAAGUACCGUACACCUGGCGAAUACCGCGACAAGAACGCUCCUCGAGGCGUGACAGGAGAAACGGAAGAGGAGAUCCAUCCCGCUGUGUGGUACAGAAUGCGGCAACUAGGCAAUGAUUAUCAGCCCGUACCCCUCAAGGGUUUCGAGCGCAAACAGAAGGAGAGCGCGGAUGGCGUGAGCUACGAGUGGGUGAAAGGCAGCGUGCGGAUCCCGGAGUCCAGGAUUGGUGGUAUGCAGAAUAUUGAGCGGUCGUGCCUGGUAGGCGACACAGCGAAGAAGUUCAUAGGGGGCUUGGAUAAGGAGUAUGGUGUUGAUUCGUGGGAGGCGAAGGCUCUAGAUGGACCACUGGAGGCGCCGGGGUCGAUGCAAAAUCAUGGGUUUCAACCUGAUCAGGGCUUCUAA